AUGUCCACUAAUCCAGUGUACUUAGUAGUGCACGCAACCGGAGGAAAACCCUUUGCUAAAGCUUCUCCUUUCUUGAUUCAAAAAUUGUUUGAAUCUACCAUUGGACAGUUGAAAAAAAUACAAAAAUUAAGAUCAGGAGAUUUACUGGUGGAAACAGCUUCCCCACAACAAUCGGCAAAACUUCUGGAAACAAAGAUUCUAGGAGAAAUGGAAGUCACUGUCAUUCCACAUGCGAGCCAAAACUCAUCACGUGGGGUAAUAUCUGAGAUCGAUCUGAUAUGUGAAGAUGAAUCAGAUAUUCAGAUUGGCCUUUCAGAUCAAAAAGUCACUGCUGUCCGACGCAUUUCCAUUCGUUGA